AUGCUUGGCAGCCAAGUGUUUGUCCAAACAGAGAAUGACAACAAGCCUGGUCCAUCUCUGGAAGAUACAGUGUUCCUACAGAUAAUGGACAAGAAUGUUUACAAAAGCAAAAGCAACAACUGGGUUGCCCCACUCCCAUUCAGGGAACCACGACAACGACUACCUAAUAAUAAAGAACAGGCAGUCAAACGGUUUGUAUCUCUGCAGCGAACUCUUCAACGGAAGCCUGAGAUGCAGAACCAGUAUGUGACUUUUAUGGAGAAAAUAUUCACCAAUGAACAUGCAGAGUUAGCUCCACCGUUGAAAGAGGGAGAAGAAUGUUGGUACCUCCCCACGUUUGGCGUGUAUCAUCCACAAAAACCCAACAACAUCAGGGUGGUUUUUGACUCCAGUGCCCAGUAYUUGGGAAUCUCCCUCAAUGAUGUACUUCUCUCAGGGCCUGAUCUGAAUAAUGCUCUUCUUGGCGUACUGUUACGCUUUAGGAAGGAAAAGAUUGCAAUAAUAGCAGACAUCCAACAAAUGUUUUAUUGUUUCCAAGUGCAUGAAGACCACCGCAAUUUUCUCCGUUUCUUAUGGCACAAAGACAACGACGUCAACAAGGAAGUAGUGGAAUAUAGAAUGAAGGUCCAUGUUUUUGGUAACAAGCCAUCUCCUGCUGUGGCUAUAUACGGGCUACGGAGAGCCAUCAGAGAGGGAGCGCAGAAGUUUGGUGCUGAUACCAUCAACUUUGUAGAAAGGCAUUUCUAUGUGGAUGACGGUUUAAUGUCUGUGCCAUCRGAGACUGAGGCGAUUGACCUCCUGCAACGRACAAAAAACUCACUAGCUGAGUCAAACAUCCGCCUACACAAGUUUGUGUCAAACAGUCAGUCAGUCACAGAAGCUUUUCCUCCAGAGGACUGUGCUCCACCGACCAAAGACCUAGACCUUGAACAAGAAGCUACACCCACUCAGCGCAGCUUGGGUCUUCUUUGGGAGAUCACGACUGACAUGUUCACUUUCUCAGCAUCUACUACAAUCAAACCGUUCACUCGUCGAGGAGUUCUCUCUACUGUUAACAGUAUUUUUGAUCCCAUGGGGUUACUGGCACCCAUCACCAUCUGYGGAAGAGCUCUUCUGAGAGAACUAGCUACUGAACAGACUGAAUGGGAUAACCCACUACCAGAAGAAAAACGUGAAAAAUGGGAAUCCUGGAGGGAUUCACUACAAGACCUGAAGCAGCUACAUGUUCCUCGGAUGUACACUCAGACCUCACUCAGUUCAGUGGUAAAGACUGAAUUGCACGUGUUCUCUGAUGCAUCAAAUAAGGCUAUUGGGGCUGUAGCUUACCUGAGAGCAGUUCAAGAAGAAGGACAAAUUGAGGUGGGUUUUGUUAUGGCCAAGGCUAAACUUGCCCCUCAGUCUGAGCCUACAAUCCCCAGGCUUGAACUGUGUGCUGCAGUCUUGGCUGUAGAAAUGUCAGAUCUCAUUCAAGAAGAGUUGGAUGUGAAAAUAGAUGAAGUCAAGUUCUAUACUGACAGUAAAGUUGUUCUUGGCUACAUAUGCAAUCAGUCAAGGCGAUUCUAUGUCUAUGUCCACAAUAGAGUGAUGCGGAUUCACCAAUCCACAAGKCCAACUCAGUGGAACUAUGUGUGCACAGAUGAGAAUCCAGCUGACCAUGCAUCACGGUCUGUGCCUCCAUCAAAAUUAGCACAGACUUCAUGGUUCACCGGACCCUCGUUUCUUUAUCAAUCAUCUGAAGGCAAGCAAUAUACAGGUCAGAGGUUUGACUUGAUCGAACCACAAAAGGACAGUGAAAUCAGACCACAAGUUCAGACCUAUUCUACUGUUACAGAAAAGGCAACCCUUUCUACAGAUCGCUUCAAACGGUUUUCAUCUUUUAGCUCCUUGUUGAGAGGAGUUGCAUAUUUGAUCCACAUGGUGAAAUCAUUGAAGCAGUCCAACCACARGAAUGAGUGUGUAGGUUGGCAUAAAUGCAAUUUACACCGUUCUGCUGAAGAAAUAGCUCAAGCCAAAAAAGUCAUCCUAAAAGCAGUGCAAGCAGAAGKUUUUGCAAAAGAAAGGUCAGCUCUACUKGCUAAGGAAACUGUGUCUGUAAAUAGCCCUUUGCAGAAGCUAAGACCAGUCUUAGAGGAUGACCUGAUUUGUGUUGGGGGCAGGCUGAAGUACUCAGAACUGACACCUGCAGAGAAGAAUCCUGUAGUCCUACCUAAAAAUGAUCAUGUGUCAUUCCUUCUAUCAAGACAUUACCAUGAACAGGUUCAACACCAAGGUCGUCAUCUAACUGAAGGAGCCAUAAGAGCAGGUGGCUUGUGGAUAUUAGGAGGCAAGUCUCUUGUAAAAUCMCUUAUCCAUAAGUGUAUAACUUGUCGUAAACUACGKGGGAAGAUGGAAGAACAACAGAUGGCGGAUUUACCACCAGAGCGACUUAAAGUAUGUCCUCCUUUUACCUAUGUAGGUGUGGAUGUUUUCGGGCCCUGGUCUGURACGGCAAGGCGCACUCGAGGAGGGCACUCGGAGUCAAAACGAUGGGCAAUGCUUUUCAGUUGCAUGACUUCAAGAGCUGUCCACAUUGAACUAAUAGAAUCAUUGGACACAUCUAGCAGCAUUAAUGCUUUGAGACGGUUUUUUGCAUUGAGAGGACCAGCCAAACAGCUCAGAUCUGAUUGUGGCACAAACUUUAUUGGGGCUUGCAAGGAGCUACAGAUGGACACAAAAAUGCAAAAAUACCUCACUGAUCAGGAAUGCGUCUGGGAAUUCAAUCCGCCUCACGCCUCUCACAUGGGGGGUUCAUGGGAGCGUAUGAUUGGUGUGGCAAGGAGGAUUUUGGAUGCUAUUCUGCUCCGGCAAAACAUCUCUUUGACUCACGAAGUCCUGUGUACUCUAAUGUCGGAAGUUACUGCCAUUAUCAAUGCCCGUCCCUURAUGCCUGUUUCUGCAGAUCCAGACAAUCCUUUCAUCCUGUCACCUGCAAUGCUUCUUACUCAAAAGUCUGGAGUCCCUCCACCUCCUGGUAACUUUCCUGAGAAAGACUUGUUUACAAGGCAGUGGAGACAAGUACAAGCAUUAGCAAAUCAAUUUUGGACUCGUUGGAGACGAGAGUACCUGCCGACUUUACAACAACGUUCAAAAUGGACAGUACCCAAAAGAAACUUGCAAAUAGGAGRCUUAGUCCUUCUGAAAGACAAGCAAGCUCCUCGCAACUGCUGGCCACUGGCGAGGAUCACUGCUACAUUUCCAGGACAAGAUGGAUACGUAAGAAAGGUCGAGGUCACAACAGCAGAGGAURGCAACCCAAAAACGUAYCUUAGACCUAUCACAGAGGUCGUUUUGCUUCUGCCUAAUGAAUGAUCUAUGGACUAAAGUUUCAUGAUAAAAAGGCAGAGUGACCUCACAGAGGUCAGACGGGGAGUGUGCUGUUUUACAGCAUUUAUCUUUGAUAUUAUGUGAAUGUAGUGUGUUUGAUGGCAUUUUUGGUUGUUUGUGGCUGUAGUGGAUUUGAAGGCUUUUGUUUUGAAGUGCCAUUGUAUUGUCGGUGUCUGACUUCCUGUUCAGUCGUUUCCUGGGGGGUUUUUUUUUAGAGCUGCAGCAAGCAUGGCUAGAUGUUGUUUUGUCUUCGGCAUUUAAUCCUUUGUCAUCCACGGGAAAGCUCAGCUGAAGCAAUGCUUUUUCACCGCAGCAUGUAAAGAGGAAGCAAACAGUAAAUGGUCAACCUUACUUCACGUCUCCCUCUCAUCAUUUGCUGUGGUUUAACUCGAUGUUUAGUCAGAGUUGAUACACUCUUGACGAGAAC